AUGUCCGUCAUUAAAGAAUACACAAUCGACGUCCCACAACAGAAGAUCGACCGCUUAAAGAAGCGAUUGGAUGACACAGACUUCCCAUCAGAAUUAGAAGGCAAUCCAGCCUGGGACUACGGCUCUCCCUUAGCAGACAUCCAACGCCUCGUCGAAUACUGGCGAACGAAAUUUGACUGGAGAGCUCACGAAAAGAAGCUAAACGAGCUACCCAACUUCGAGGUGCAGGUCAGCGUCGACAAGCAUGGCCCAGUGGAUAUGCAUUUCGUGCAUCAAAAGAGCGAUGUGCAAGGAGCAAUUCCGCUCUUGUUUGUCCACGGAUGGCCAGGCUCUUUUCUCGAGGUCACGAAAAUGCUACCGUAUUUGAAAGGCGGAGAUGGAAACCCGGCAUUUCAUGUCGUAGCUCCAAGUCUUCCGAACUACGGCUUCUCAGGCCCCGCGCUGAAGCCUGGCUUCAACCUCGCCCGCUAUGCCGAAGCAUGCCACAAGGUCAUGUUAGCAUUGGGCUACAACGAAUACGUAACUCAAGGCGGCGAUUGGGGUUUCCUCAUCACCCGCGCCCUGGCCCAUCUGUACCCAACAAGUGUGAAAGCCCAUCAUAUCAACUGGGCAUGGGCCGCGAAGCCGGAAGAAUUCGUGAACGGCACCAAACCCGAGCCUGAAUACAGCGAGCGCGAGAAGAAGCAGAUGGCGCUAGCAGAACGCUGGAAUCCCUUCGGCAUGGGCGACGGACGGGGUUACCUCGCCAUUCAAUCCACUCGACCCGCCACGAUAAAUUUCCUCUUGCGUGACAGUCCGGUUGGGAAUUUGGCUUGGGUGUUUGAUAAACUUGUAGAGUGGAGUGAUGAAUACGAGUGGACUGACGAUGAAGUCUGCCUCUGGGUAUCGAUUUACGUCUUCUCCCGCGCCGGACCAGACGCAGCCUCUUACAUCUAUUACGAGGCUCUACAUGACCCCGUGGAGAUCACGGUGCCUAUCGCUCAAGGCUAUAUCGAUGUUCCGCUGGGGAUUGCCGACUUCCCGGUAGAGCUCUGCAACAGUCCGGUAUCUUGGAGACACACCAUGGGACCAAUCGUCUUCCAAAAGUUUUAUGAGAAGGGUGGACAUUUCGCGGGAUGGGAACGUCCAAAAGAUUUGGCUGAUGGAUUGUGCGAGAUGUUUGGUAAAGGCGGCGGAGCGUAUGGUGUGGUUUCUGGGAAGGAUGGGUACUGA